AGAAAGUUAAAAGAAAACUCUGAACUUGCUAGGGAGACUGGUUGAAAUUUACAUGGGGAUGUCUUCCUUUCUACAUGAAGUUCCUACCUUUUCCAAUAAUUUAAGUGAUCUAAAUAGCGAAAAGUCAAACUGCAGAAUGGACUAAAAGCGCGGGCACCAACAUUGCUUCUGAAAGAAGUCAGCAGUGAUUUUUCAUUUUCGAGGGAAGUCAUUUCCUGGAAGUUGUGCUGUUUGCUUAAUCAUUACAUUGGUUACACAUUGAUCCGGGAACGUGAAUUUGCUAUUACAUAUGUAACCAUUUUAGCUCUUUCCCUCGUUUGUAAUAAGGCAGCACUUGGAAAGCUGCGAAAGAGAUUGAAUUUCGAACUUGCAUCUAAACCCAAAUCCGAAUCAGAUAGUAUUGUUGAUUUUAAACCCUUUAAACUUUUGUACCCUUAAAAAUUUAAAAGUGACCCCUGGACAAAAUGAAGCCAGAAGAAAUGACAGCUGUACAGGAGCGGAGGUUCCGAAAGAGUGUAGACUACUUCAGGAAGAACAGAGAGAUCUACGUGAGGAGGAUCAAGAAAAUUCUAGAAGAAUACAAAAAUGCUCUGGCUGCGGAAAGAGCGGACGAAGACUCAGAUGUUCUGCUGUCAGAAGCAUUCAGUUUGAAAUCUCUAAUUCCGGACAAGGUAUACAACAUGCCUACAAGCAACACGCCCUUUAGUUUUCCGGCGACGCCAUCGCUCAAUGGAGGAGGAGAUGCUUCCCUCUUUAGUCCUUGGCCCAUGCUAGGAAUGGAAACUCCUAUGAGUGAUCCAAAUUUCACUUUUCCGCUGCCGACCACGCCGAUGAAUCUAACAGGCACAACUCCCGAAUGCACGACUCCAGGUGCUGCGGCCGCUGCCUUCGGCUACAGUAACUUCGGCGGCAUGAACGCAUUCUACUCGAACCUUCCGACCACAUUUUGCUCGUGUGCGGAUUGCGUAGGGAAGAAUAGUGUCGAUACUGUGAAUGUUAGCAAUUCGUACAGCGGGUUGUAUUCAUCAGACGAGAGUGCCUCUACUAUGCAGAAGUCGGGAUCCAGUUCAGGGUCGCAUCAAAAAGACGAGAACAACCGUGCAAUGAACCCAGCAUCGCAAUACCCUUCAACCGAUUCGAACGAACUGGAUACAGAGUCGCAAUUUGACUUGCCCUAUUUCUGCGCAACGGGCGCAAACAAUGGGAACAACCAAGAGAAAAACUCAUCUGGCAAAGAGAGUUUCAACCUGACACCUCCUUCGUCUGAGAAAAAGGCGGUAGAACAGAGUAAUGAUGGUGCUUCAAUUGAUAGUCAGGCUAGUAAAAUAGUCCAACAGAAAGCGGCUUAUCAGACGGAAAAUCGCGCUGCUUUCAAUGGACUGACUCACGAAAACAUUGACUACUAUGCCAGCAUGAACUCGUUUCCGAACAACGGCUCUAAUGCGACCACUUUGUUUCCAAAUUACAACCGAGCAGCGAUAGGUGCAGGAGAUACCGGAUCCAUGGGUUUCCGAAGCUCGAGCGACCAGGCACAACAAACAGCUGCGACGUCUGCAAAUAGUUCGCAUCACGAUAACUCGCUUCAUCAAGCGCCUGUGAUGAUGUACAACAACACAUCCUCCUACGCUUUGCCAUACAUGUCCUGGUCCCAGGGAGAACCAUUAAUGAUGCCUACAGUGUUUAACCAGAAUCCGACCUCGAACACCUCGAUAGAAGCGACUGCGUUCCCAGCUGGAAUGCAACCCAUACAGGCACCUCCGCCUACGGGAAAUCAAAAUUUAUUUGCGAACGCAGCGAAAGAGAGACCCCCACAUGGUCAUGAUGAACAUAAUCCGGAUUAUGCGAAUUGUUUCCCGUCCUCAAAUCCGAAUGUAGUGACUAAUAGUGCACAUGAAUCCUACUAAGUGCUCAUUAUACGUGGAACUCGGCUCUUUUUUGUUUCCUGAUUUGGUCGGUUUUAUGUAAUUAUUUAGGUUAAAACUUUUAGUUAUAUACAUUUUUAGCACCAAGCUCAAAAAUGAGUGAAAUAAUUUUUUUUCUCACUAACGAAGAUCAAGCCAACGAAAUUUUGAAAGACCCAAGUUCUUUUUUUUAUUUGGAGAUAGGUUAUCGAAAGGAGUCGUGGUUCUCAACCGAGCUUGAUAUCCUUGAUUGGAAGCUAGCUAGAACAUUUUAUUUAUUGGGCUUGAAAGCCGUGCUGCCUCUGCGUUGCAAGCAGUUUGUGUAAGAAACUUGUCUGAAUAUUUCAACUCGAGCCCGUAUGAGGUUUUGAGCAAGUAUUUGGUUUAAUUCUCGGUGCUAAAUUUGUAAUCAAUUCAAAAUGGAAUAAAAAAUUUUGUUGUGAAAUUUUCAUUUAAUUUGAUGAAUAAAUUUUUGCCACUGUCA